GAUGAUUCCUUGAUCCUCAGGAAGCAAUAGGGAUGUCUUUGCUUGUGAAGCGCUGAGUCUCAUCUACCUGCUCUUGGCAUUAGCUCCUGCUGCAGGCGCUCUAUGUAUUUGUGAAGCUGGAUGCAGUCUGCAUGAAGCCAGAUCCAUCUUCAGAUCCCAUCAAGGGGUGACCAAAACUCAGCCAGGCUGAUCUGGGUUGAAGACAACAUUCUAGGGGUCAGCGAUGGAGGAGACCCCAGCAGAGGGUGCUGGUGGUCCAGGCAGCCAGAAUUAAUGCUCCGGUGCUAUUUUGAGAGCUAAGGGAGGAAGCCAUCGCUCCGUGGGGCUCUGUAUAGCAGGUGAAGGGUCUGCGUCUGGGUUGGAUGAACACGGAAGCUGCGAGGUGAAGCUCCAUUCCCACUCAUGCAGCACUCAAGAACUCGGACAUCCUGAGAUGGCGUUGUCUGGUGGGCGAUAGAUGCGCUGGGGAGGACCCGAUUUCAGUCCGCAGCCCCUGAAAAAGAAGAGAAGCGGGCGGAGGGAACAACACCCUGCGGGAGGACAGAGCCGAAAGAUGCUGGAGGUGCAGCCGGGCCGCCCCGCCCGCAGUUCUGGCUCCGGCUGCCCCGACCGCCAUCACCACCACUCGCUCGGCUGCAAAAUGAGCUUUUUCUCCCCAAAACAGCGGCUGUCCUGCUAGUGGGGACGGUCUGCCAUGGACAGCGGGCACAUGGGCAGAUACCGGCUGAGCGCCACCGCCAGCCCUCCUCGCUGGGAGAUCGGCAUCUACGCUGCAGGAGCUCUGGCGCUGCUGGGCAUUGCAGCUGUCAACCUGUGGAAGCUCUGGCGUUCUGGCAGCUACCCCGCGCCUUCCCCAUUCCCCAACUAUGACUAUCGUUACCUGGAGCAGAAGUACGGGACGGCCUAUUCAGACAUCAAGCACAAGCGUGGGGCAGCAGCGUGCAGCUUGAAGCCAUUGCCCAGCCGCAAAGCCAGUCUGCGAGGCGCUGACACCUGCGAGAGCAUCAAUGAGCUGGGCAGCCUGGAGCUGAUGAGCAGGGACCUGGGGCUGGCCCCCUACGGGCCCCUAAAGAAAUCUGUCUCAGCCGACUCCCUCAACUCCGUCUCAUCCAUCGGGAACAACUUCGGGCAGGAUUUCACCGUGGGGCAGGUGGAGGUGUCCAUGGAGUACGAUGGGAAGGCGGCCGCCCUGCAUGUCACCCUCUUGCAGGGCAAGGAUCUGCUGGAGAAGGAGGAUGCUCGCUUCGAGUCUUGCUUCAUGCGCAUCAGCCUGCUGCCAGCUGAGCAGAUCGUGGGCAUCUCCCGGAUCCAGCGCAGUGCCUACGCCGUGGCCUUCGAUGAGCGUUUCUCCAUCCCACUGGACCCUGCGGCUCUGGAGGAGGACAGCCUACGCUUCUCUGUCUUUGGCAUUGAUGAGGACGAGAGGAACGUCAGCACUGGUGUAGCGGAGCUCAAACUCUCUGACCUGGAUCUGACUGUGCGCCCCUUCAACGCUUGGCUCUACCUGCAGGACAUGAACAAGACAGUUGACACGGUGGGGGAGAUCCUGCUCUCCCUCAGCUACCUGCCCACAGCUGAGCGGCUGACGGUGGUGGUGGUCAAAGCCAAAAACCUCAUCUGGAGCAAUGGCAAAGGGACUGCAGAUCCCUUUGUCAAAGUCUACCUGCUGCAGGAUGGGAGGAAGAUCAGCAAGAAGAAGGAUGACACCAACCCUGUAUUCAAUGAGGCCAUGAUCUUCUCGGUGCCAGCUAUUGUGCUCCAGGACCUGUCCCUGCGGGUGACAGUGGCUGAGAGUGGUGAGGAUGGCCGUGCUGACAACGUGGGUCACGUCCUGAUCGGCCCAGCAGCCAGUGGCAUGGGCAUCACACACUGGAACCAGAUGCUGGCCACGCUGAGGAAGCCUGUGUCCAUGUGGCAUCCGCUGCGGAGGAAUUAGGCUGCUGGUGGGAGCAACCUGGGACCCUGCGCCCCAACACCAGCUCUGCCCUGGCCACGGUGGCCAAAUGCCAUGUCUGGAGGUGAAAAGGAAGAGGCGGACAGAGCAUCCUGCUACCAGAAUCCUCCACUGGGAGGAAGAGGAGGAUGGAGAAAAUCCCAUCCGUGUUUCUCCCCAUCCGCAUGUGCUGGGGGACCCGCUGAGGAUGGACCAAAACCAGCAUAAAUCCUCCCUGAACUGCUGCCUGGGCACCAGCCAGGCUCCUCAGCAUCCUGCAUGCCCUCUGCUGUGCCCCCAAAACCAAUGGUGACCCCAAAUGUGUGCGGGUCUGGGGGUGGGGGGUGGUGGGGCGUGGGAUUCUUUGGAAGGAUUUUGGGGCAUGCGAGGGGAAAACAGAGAGGGGGGUGAUAAAAGUGCUGGCAUGGUGCAGUUUCUCUCAAGCAUAUGUGGUCUUUCUUUCUGUUGGGUUGCAGAGGGGAUUUGGUGCUCUGCACCAGGGGUGUCUGUCCCCAUAUCUCAUGUGUUUGAGGCCAGGUCCAGGCUGAAUCAUUCCCUAAAGACUACACGUGGUCACCCCAACCCCUUUUCCCAGCUAAAUUAACCCUGUGGCUUCCCUUGCAGCAGGGCUGUUCUACAGAAAUAAGAAACACCCCCAAAUUCUGUAUUAUUAAGCUUCAAGGGGAAAGGAGAAACAAAGAGACAAAGCCCUUUAGAUGCCAUCUGCUUGUGGGCUACCAGCCCAGACGAGGUCUUCUGGGUAAGGUUUGCUGCUCUGGGGACUCAGUUCCCCCUCUGUUAUCCUGAGAUGGACAGAUGGAGGGAUGGACAGGUGAUGGAGAGAUGUGUGGGGCAGGGGAUGCCCUUGGGGGCAUCUGUCCAUCCCUCUGCUUGGGAUUGCUAGUGCAGUUUGCUGAGGGAUGAGAAGGUUCUGUUGUGAAGUUGUGCUGCACUGGCAACACAGUGGCAAGGAGAAGGGCACCCAGGGCUUUUCACUGCCCACAGACAUUGACCUUUUUGUUGUAGUAGAGAGAAACGUUGCAGGGACAGCUGACUGAUUGCUUUCAGUGUUUUAAUAUGUCUUUAUUGGCGUGCUGCAGCCUGUGUACAUCCUUUGUCAGUAAGGAUAACAGGGACAAAUGAAAGUGCUCUCCUCUAUCCGAAGUUUAGGGAGGCCCCAGUGCCUAUUUGUUCAGCAGCUACCACCCAAAACAAAAGCUCCGAUUUUCUACCUCCCCAUACCUUUAGCAGCAUCAUUGCUUCAUGCAGUCCAACCGACGUUGACUUCCAAGUCCCCAGAAGGAAAUAAAUCAGCUCCUUCAUUUC